GCGCACGUUUCCGUAAACUCUAAAAGUCAGUCUUAUGUGGCUGCUGUAGCUCAGUUGCUAUCUUUUAUGAUCUUUAACCAACUUUUCAGUGCGGGUUUGUGUAGGUGUGGUUUCUCUGGUGAUGGAUCGCAGCAGAUCACCUGACAAAGCCGGAAGAGAUAAGAAGAAGAAGAAACGGAGACGGUCCUCCUCUUCUUCGUCAUCGUCUCCGUCGUCUUCCUCAUCUAGCAGCAGGAGUCGGAGCAGAUCGUCGAAGAAAGUGGCGCACAAGAGCCAAGAUGUGAAAUCUCAAAGAAAGAAGCGCAGAAGAAGCUCCUCCUCUUCUUCGUCCUCCUCCUCUUCCUCCUCGUCAUCUUCGUCCUCAUCGAGUGAUGAGAAGUCAAAGAGGAAGAAAAGUAAAGCCAAGAAAAAGAAGACGAAGAAGAAAAAGGCGAAGCUGAAGAAACUGAGGAAAAAGGAGAAGAAGAAGAAAGAGAAGCUGAAGAAGAAAGAGAAGAAGAAGGCGGGGGGACUUCCGUCCGCUGGUCCGGCUGAGAAGCCUCCGUCUUACCUGGAGGUGUGGCAGGCUGAUGAGUCGGCGGUGGAGCUCGGACCUGUGAUGACAGAUGAGCAGAAGGCCCGGCUCUCCACCAAGAGACCUCUCACCAAAGAGGAGUACGAGGCCAGGCAGAGUGUGAUCCGCAGGGUGGUGGACCCUGAAACAGGACGGACCAGAUUGGUGAGAGGAGAGGGAGAGAUCAUAGAGGAGAUCGUGAGCCGAGAUAAACACAAAGAGAUCAACAAGCAAGCCACCAAGGGAGAUGGGAAUGCCUUCCAGAGAAAACUGGGAAUAAACAGGUAGAAGAUGGAGUAGCUGGAGCGGCUCCACUGAAAUGAAACUACCUUCCUCAAGGAGAGGUUGCCCAGGCUGCUGAUACUGACAGUUCAAUGAAGCACUAAUGCUUCUUGAGACUAUUUAAUGAACUGUAUGUGUAGUUUGCAUUUUAUAUCAAAGCUUUGCCUGUGAUUGAAUUGAAUUGUACGGUAGUGAAUGUACAAAAUAAGGGGAACUUGUACUCUUGAUGUACACUAAUGAGUUAAAUCCAGGUAAAUGUCAAUGUCUCCUAUUGAUUUGCCUUUUUAAAUCUAUGCGGAUCACACAGGAGAUAUAAAGAGAAGCAGAUGAGUUAUGGAGAUCUGUAAAAGGAGCAUACACUAAACAUGAUGCUGUUCUAAAUAGUUUGCACAUCCACUGUGUGUUUACACUGAUUCAUGCAUAUUUAUCGAGUCCAUGUUUUAAGGCAAAUAACAGUGAAUCCUAAACGAUCUCCUGACUCAGAAUGCGACUGCACUCAAAUGGUUUCUGCGUUUGAAAGCAGAUAAUUCAUGUUGCAUAAUAUCUUCCUGAAUGUGGAACACAGUAAGAAGCUGAUUUAAGUGUUCAGUAUCCUACGUGUCACUGCAAACUUUUUUUUUUUUUUUUUUUUAAUUCUUUUUGUAUUUUGGCUACAUAUUCUACACCCACUCGGAGAUGUCUUCUCACCUUUAAAUCUCACAUUUCGGUUCUCGGAAUAAAUCUGCAUUUGUGUGAACUGAUCCCAGAAAAAUAAACAGUUUGUGUGAAUUCAAAGCCCUGUUUUGUGAAGAGUCUAUCCAUGUAAUAAAGCUGAACAAUU